AAUGAUAUAUAACUGAUAAACUUUAUAGCUUUUGUUUUUUUUUCUUUUUUUUUCUUUUUUUUUUCUUCUUCUUCUUCAAGUAUCACUCAUGUCCAAUUCUAAUAUUACCACACCUCAAGCUGAAUUUGCUACUGCCGAAGAGACUCGUGACUUGGCUGCCUCUUUCGCUGCCUCUCUUCAACAACAAGGCUUUAAUAAUACUCAUCAAAAUGAAGAUGGUAUCUCUGCCAGAGAUUGGGCUUUGUUCCGUGACCCAGUUCUUCACAAUGAACGUCUUGAAGCUAUUCGUCAAAAGAAGGGUUAUAUUAUUGAUAUGGAUGGUGUUAUCUAUCAUGGUUCAAACUUAUUGCCUGGUGCUAAGGAGUUUGUUGAAUUCUUGGAAAAGAACAAUAAAAAAUAUCUCUUCUUGACUAACAACUCAGCACCUACACCUCGUGAAUUACAACAAAAAUUACAACGUCUUGGUAUUGAUGUUACUGAAGAUCACUUCUUUACAUCUGGUCAAGCUACUGCUUACUUCCUUCACUCACAAAUGCCCGAGGGUGGUACCGUCUAUGUUAUUGGUGAACCUGGUCUCGCUUAUGCACUUUAUGACAAGGGUUUCUUCAUGAAUGAUCAUAAUCCUGACUAUGUUGUCUUGGGUGAAUCAGCAGUCUAUAACUUUGAAAAAUUAACAAAGGCCGUUCAACUUGUUCAACAAGGUGCCAAGUUGAUUUCUACUAAUUUAGAUGUUGAAACUCUUGAUUCUAAAGGUCGUAAGAUCCCCGCUACUGGUGCUUUCACUGCUUGUGUUGAAUUAGUUACAAAGACGAAAGCUUUCUUCUGUGGUAAGCCUUCUGCUUUGAUUAUGCGUUAUGCUCAACGUGUCCUUGGUUUAUCUCGUAUGGAAACUUGUAUUAUUGGUGAUCGUAUGGAUACUGAUAUUGUUGCAGGUAUUUCUUCUGAAAUUGAUCCAGUUCUUGUUCUUUCUGGUGUUACUGAAAUGAGUGAUCUUAACCUCUUUGCUUAUCAUCCCUUCGUUAUUUUGGGUGGUGUUUAUGAAAUUCCUAACAAUGAUGAUAAGAAUAAACUCACAGAUAGUGAUCUUGAAGAAGCUAGUAGACGUGCCUCUUAUCUUUAAUCAUAUCAUACAUAAAUACAUAUAUUAUUUGUUCAUAUAAUAAAUAUCAUUACUUCUUUUUUUUUUUUUCCUUUUUCC